UGGAGUGCAGAUUUGUGUAGUGACGUAGUAUUUAGCUGAUCGGCAUGAAAAGCGCAAAUAGUUGUAGACGUUUUAUGUGCUCUCUGCGGAAGUGGUCUUCUCGUCAGUCCCCGAGAUAUAGAUGUUGUAGUUCAGUACCUUCCACUCCAACCAAUGACAGCAGAGUGGAUGCAUUGAAGGUUAAAUUAGCAUCUGGCCCAAGCUUUCAGGACUUCGUAAGUACUGUACAUACCAAAAAGAAGGACACAAGCAUAGAAGAAUAUGAUGAGCCUUACAUGCCUGAAGACCCAGCAGUUGGAACACCACGGAAAGUUUAUUUUGAAACCUACGGCUGUCAGAUGAAUGUUAGUGACACUGAGAUUGCUUGGUCCAUCCUUCAGAAGAAAGGGUAUCUGCGCACAAGAGAACCCACAGAGGCAGAUGUGGUGCUUCUGGUUACUUGCUCAAUAAGAGAGAAGGCAGAGCAGACAAUAUGGAACAGGCUCAAACAGCUCUCCUCUCUCAAGAAGAGGCGGCCGAAGACUUGUGCGCCCCUAAAAAUAGGAAUACUUGGAUGCAUGGCAGAGAGACUUAAGACUGAACUACUGGAGAGGGAAAAGUUGGUGGAUGUUCUUGCAGGUCCAGAUGCAUACCGAGAUCUCCCUCGCCUCUUGUCAUUGGCUCAGGGAGGCCAGAGGGCCAGCAACGUGCUGCUGUCAUUGGAAGAGACCUAUGCUGAUGUGAUGCCAGUCCAUCACACUCAUCAGGGACAUAGUGCCUUUGUAUCUAUUAUGCGAGGCUGUGAUAAUAUGUGCAGUUAUUGCAUCGUCCCAUUCACACGAGGCCGAGAGAGAAGCAGACCUGUGUCUUCCAUUUUAGAGGAAGUGCAAAUGCUAUCUGACCAGGGGGUGAAGGAAGUAACUCUGCUCGGGCAGAAUGUGAACAGCUACAGGGAUGCAUCUGAGGAGCAGUUCUCCUGCUCUGGCACGGCCCAGCUGAGUCGUGGCUUUAGGACGGUAUACCGCACGCGUGUGGGUGGCAUGCGUUUUGCAGACCUGUUGGACAGAGUGUCCCUCAUCAAUCAAGACAUGAGGAUCCGAUUCACCUCACCUCAUCCCAAAGAUUUCCCUGAUGAGGUGUUGCAGUUGAUUCAAGAGAGGAAGAACAUCUGUAAACAGAUUCAUCUUCCAGCCCAGAGUGGUAGCAGUAGCGUUCUGCAGGCCAUGCGACGGGGAUAUACGAGAGAGGCGUAUCUUGAACUUGUGGAAAACAUCCGUCGAAUCAUACCAGGAGUUAGCCUCAGCAGUGACUUCAUAACAGGCUUCUGUGGUGAGACUGAAGAAGACCACCAGGAAACCCUCUCCCUGGUCAGGGAGGUCGGCUAUAACAUUGGGUUUCUCUUUGCUUACAGUAUGAGGAAGAAAACCCAUGCGUACCAUCGUCUCCAGGAUGAUGUGUCACCUGAGGUAAAGCAGCGACGUUUAGAGGAGCUCAUCAGUGUGUUCAGAGAAGAGGCCACCAAAGUCAACGCUCGCCUUAUUGGCAGUACACAGCUCGUCCUAGUGGAGGGAGAGAGUAAACGCUCAGCACAGGAACUUUCUGGUCGGAAUGAUGGGAAUGUGAAGGUGAUUUUCCCCAGAGAGAAUAUACCUGUUCAGCCCACACAAACUCGCACUGCUCCUGUCGUUCCUGGAGACUAUGUACUGGUCAAGAUUACAGCAGCUAAUUCUCAGAGUCUGCGGGGCCACGCCCUCUGCCACAGCUCUCUGAGUGACACAAGAAUAGGGGAACCUGAGCACCAUUUGAACGGACAGACAGCUUCAUGUUGA